UGUUCUUCUUCCUUUGGAUUGUCUCCUUCAUGGGCAACAGUUGCGUGAUCUUCAUCUUCUUGAAGGUCAAGUCCCUCCGGACGCCGACUAACAUGUUCGUGAUCAACUUGGCCUUGUCCGAUCUGAUCAUGAUGACAACCAUGGGACCACCCGUUACCAUCAACGUGUUUAUGCAGAGAUAUUGGGCUUGGGGAGCAUUCGGAUGCAAGCUCUACGGCUUCCUCGGAGCCGUGUGCGGCGUCGUGUCCAUCCUCUCCAUGGUGGUUAUUGGUUAUGACCGAUACAAUGUAAUUGUCAAGGGAUUCAAUGGAGUCAAGAUCACCAGUGGCAAGGCCUUGGCCAUUCUUUUGGCCAUCUGGGGCUACUCCAUUGGCAUCUCUCUCCCUCCUCUUUUGGACCUGUGGGGUGGAUACUCCACUGAGGGCAUGCUCUUCACUUGCUCUUAUGACUACUUGAACCAGGACUUCAACCACAAGAGCUACGUUCUCUUCGGUUUCUUCUUCUGCUACCUGAUCCCGAUGACCAUGAUCUUCUUCUUCUACAGCAGCAUUGUCAAGGCUGUUUGGGCUCAUGAGCACACGCUUCGAGAACAAGCCAAGAAAAUGAACGUGGAGUCUCUCCGAUCCAACACCAACCAAAAUGCCGAAACCGCCGAGGUGCGCAUUGCCAAGGUGGCUGUGACCAACGUGUCUUUGUGGGCUGGAAUCUGGAGUCCCUAUGCUUUCGUGGUCCUGAUGGCCGUGAUUGGCAGCAAGAGCUCCAUCACCCCCCUGAUGUCUCAGAUCCCCGCUUUCUGCGCCAAGACCGCUUCGUGCUUCAACCCCAUCAUCUACGCCAUGAGCCAUCCUAAGUACCGUGAGGCCCUCACCCGAGAGUUGCCCUGCUUGGGUAUCGAAGAGCACGUGGACUAUGAUGCCGGAACCACCAAGGAGACCGUCAAGUCCGAGAAGGCUUAAAUAGUUCGAGAUGAAGACCGACCAAACGGAUUAAACAUCACAAUCCACGAGCAGUGUUGUUCCACUUUCUCCGAGAGAAAAGAAGAUUUGAUUCUUGAUUCCCUCAGCCCUGCAUUGUAUUAAUUCCAACCAUUUCUGUUAAUUUGAUCCUGUUUGAGCAUGAAUAAAAUCAUUUUCCUAUCGGAA